CAAACAGUUCACCUUUUUUUGAGGAAGGAAACCUUUCUUGAGCUAAAACCACUAAGCGAUGUAUCGGUAUAUGGACAGACCCCCUGCCACUUCAGACUUUAUCCCACUCGAAAGGUCCGUGUGAUUGGACUGAAGACAUCCGUGGUCAGAAGGCUGUGAGAUGCUUUUGCCGGGUAAACUGUGACUGACCAGUUGACGGAACUGGCAGACAUCUGGGGAAGAUUACGUCGGCAUUGUUUAACCGAGGAACUUUAAAAUCCUGAUCACAAGACUUGGCGCCUUAAAGUCCAGUAACUUACUAACAAAUAGCGACUACUACGCAAAGAACGAAAGAGAAUCAUCAAGAACUUCAAGAAGAGAGAUUCAACUACAGUGAAGAAUGCUUCAGGACGUCCCAGAGUGUCCAGCAAGUGCCAGAACCUUCUCCUCCUGAGGAGUCAGCUAUCGUGUCACUACCAGUGCAGAGCUGCUCAAUAUUAGCAGCAGGCAGGUGUGAGUGCAUCUGGAUGGCACAAUGAGGCCAAGACUUUUGGACAACGGCCUGGUGUCAAGAAGGGCAGCAAAGAAGCCACUUCUCUCCAAGACAAAUGUCAAGGACAGACUGAAAUUCUGCAGGAAGUACAGGGAUUAGGCAGCAGAAGGCUAGUGCAAAGUUAUUUUCUCUGAUGAAGCCCCCUUCUGACUGUUUGAAACUUCAAUUGUCCACAGAAGAAAAGGUGAACGCUACCAUGAGUCCUGUGUCAUGCAAACAGUGAAGCAUCCUGAGACCAUCCAUGUGUGGAGUUGCUCUCUCACAACUCCGCUCAAAACCAUUGUCAUGAAUAAAGAAUGGUAUCAAAAUGUCCUGUGAGAGCAAAUUCUCCCAACAAUCCAGGAGCAAUUUUAUGAUGAUCUGUGCAUUUUCCCGCAUGAUGGAACACCAUGUCACAGAGCAAAAGUGAUAUAAUAAUUACACUGAAAUUUUGGAUCUGUGGCCAGCAGGGCCGGCACAAACUCAACUGCCACUCUAGGUAAAACAAUGUUGUGCCGCCUCCACUUCACACUCACAAUUAAACACAAUCUUUGAGAUGGAGAUUUUGUUUAUUGAUAAAAUUGCACUAAAAUAAAAGCAUAGGCUACACAAGCAUGUUUUCUGUUUUUUUUUUUCUUUUUUUUUCUUUUUUUUUCUUCUUCUUCUUACCUUUAGCCUACCAGCCAAAAGCGCAUGUCAGGCUUUAAAAUCAUUAGACAUCUCCAGCAGUAAAAGUUGUCAUCUUUUGUAUUCAUGUCCUUGAUGACAUUUUUAGAUGUACAUCAGGGUGUUUUGCAUGUAGACCGAUGCCGCUCUAAGAUUGGGGUGGGUCUGGAAGAGGGGAGGGGUGUCCGGGAGUGGCACUACUAGGGAGAAUGGAUGAAAGUUCAUUUAGAUUUAAAAUAACUAACGAGCUGAUAAUUUGUUGAUACAAGUACAAUAAUUUCAAAUGAAUGUUCAAAAGAUAAAUAAAUUAACUUUCUCUCUUUCUUGCCACCCUGACUGUGCUGGCCCUGGUGGCCAGGCAAGUGAGGCAACUCCCCGGAUCUUAAUCCUAUAGAGAACAUGUGGUCAGUCCUCAAAAGGGGGAUGAUGGACAACGGAGGGUUUUGCAACGAUAAUUAUCACAGUUUAAGCAGUGAUGAUGAACUGGUGGAUAUUUCAGAUGUUACGGUGGACUUCAGUGAGGAUGUCCCGCCUCUGAACCGAGAUUACAGUGUGGGCUGCUGUAAAGCUGAUUGGAGACUACACAACAGUCCUAAGCUGAUGGAUCUAAUGGAUGACACCAUUCCUGGCAUUGGCACCUAUGAGGACUUCAACACCAUCGACUGGGUUAGGGAGAAGUCUAAAGACAGAGAUCGGCAUAGAGAGAUCACCAAUAAGAGUAAGCAGUCUACACUAGCCUUGCUCUUCAGUGUCAGUGAUGCCUUUUCUGGCUGGCUUCUAAUGCUCCUCAUUGGACUUAUGUCAGGGGCCUUGGCUGGAGGUAUAGACAUUGCCGCCCAUUGGAUGACAGACCUUAAAGAGGGUGUGUGCCUGAACGGGUUCUGGUUUAAUCACGAGGACUGUUGCUGGACAUCCAAUGAAACCACUUUCCAGGAAAGAGACAAGUGUCCUCAGUGGAAAAGCUGGGCAGAGCUCGUGGUUGGAGUCAAUGAGGGGGCCAGUGCAUAUGUGGUGAGUUAUUUCAUGUAUGUGUGCUGGGCUCUUCUCUUUGCCUUCCUGGCAGUGACUCUGGUGAGAGCAUUCGCCCCUUACGCUUGUGGUUCUGGAAUACCAGAGAUUAAGACCAUUCUGAGUGGCUUUAUUAUCCGUGGGUACCUGGGAAAGUGGACUUUGAUCAUAAAGACCAUCACAUUGGUGCUGGCCGUCUCUUCUGGCCUCAGUCUGGGGAAGGAGGGUCCGCUGGUUCACGUAGCCUGCUGCUGCGCAAACAUCCUAUGCCAUUUCUUCACCAAAUACCGCCGAAAUGAGGCCAAGAGGCGAGAGGUGUUGUCUGCAGCAUCUGCAGUGGGAGUGUCUGUAGCGUUCGGUGCUCCUAUUGGAGGGGUGCUUUUCAGUCUUGAGGAGGUCAGCUACUACUUCCCUCUGAAGACUCUGUGGCGUUCGUUCUUCGCUGCUCUGGUCGCAGCAUUCACCCUUCGCUCCAUUAAUCCCUUCGGCAACAGCCGUCUGGUCCUUUUCUAUGUGGAGUUCCACACUCCCUGGCAUUUUCUAGAACUCAUACCUUUCAUAUUUCUGGGCAUCUUUGGUGGCUUUUGGGGGGCUUUCUUCAUCCGUGCUAACAUCGCCUGGUGCCGUCUCCGAAAGAACAGCUGCCUUGGGCACUACCCUGUCCUCGAGGUUCUGUUGGUCACUCUGAUCACAGCGUUGCUAUCGUUCCCAAAUGAGUACACUCGGAUGAGCGGCAGCCAACUGAUCUCCGAGCUGUUCAAUGAUUGUGGUCUGCUGGACUCGUCGAAAAUCUGUGACUACAGUGGAAGCAGAACAGGAAGUGUUAAUAAUACUGUCACUAACGGUCUGGCGGAUCGUCCGGCAGGGCCAGGGCUUUAUACAGCUAUGUUGCUGCUAGCUCUUGCACUGGUCUUUAAGAUGUUCAUCACUGUGGCUACAUUUGGCAUGAAGGUGCCAUCCGGUCUGUUCAUCCCCAGUAUGGCGGUGGGGGCUAUAGCCGGCAGACUUCUUGGUGUGGGCAUGGAGCAGCUGGCCAUCUACCACCAUGACUGGAAUGUUUUCAGAAGCUGGUGCUCUCCUGGGGCGGACUGCAUCACGCCGGGCCUCUACGCCAUGGUGGGCGCAGCAGCCUGUCUGGGUGGUGUGACACGUAUGACAGUCUCUCUGGUGGUCAUUAUGUUCGAGCUAACGGGAGGUUUAGAAUACAUUGUGCCCCUCAUGGCUGCUGCCAUGACCAGCAAAUGGGUCGCAGAUGCUCUGGGUCGUGAGGGCAUCUAUGAGGCCCAUAUCCGUCUUAACGGUUACCCCUUCCUGGAGGCCAAAGAGGAAUUCCGCCACAAGACUCUUGCCACAGAUGUGAUGCGGCCACGACGGAGCGGCCCACCGCUGUCUGUGCUGUCACAAAGCGGAAUGACUGUAGAAGAGGUGGAGAGACUCAUCUUAGACACCACCUUUAGUGGCUUUCCUGUGGUGAUCUCACAUCAGUCUCAGAGAUUGCUGGGCUUUGUGUUGAGGAGGGAUCUGGUCAUAUCUUUAGAAAAUGACUGAUCGUUUCGCUAGAUAAGACCCUUAUUCCUUGUCUGGUAUCGUUUAAAGCCCUUUGAAGCUGCACUGAAACUGUAAUUUUGACCUUCAACCAUUGAAGUCCACUAUAAGGAGAAAAAUCCUGGAAUGUUUUCAUCAAAAACCUUAAUUUCUUUUCGACUGAAGAAAGAAGGACAUGGACAUCUUGGAUGACAUAGGGGUGAGUAAAUUAUCAGGAAAUUUUUAUUUGAAAGUGGACUUAAUCCUUUAAGGAAGGCAAAGAUCCUACUCAUUGCAAAUCAUACAGGCCAAUUUCGCUCUUGAAUGUAGAUUUCAAAAUUUUAUCCAAAAUCCUUGCGUUGCGCCUAGAACCCAUUCUUCCUACUGUAAUUUCAAAUGAUCAAACAGGAUUUAUUUGAGGCCACAACCCUUUCAACAAUUUACAACGCCUAUAUAAUGUAAUAUAUACAAAUUCUCCUCUAGGCGAAAAUGAAGCAUUAAUCUCUCUUGACGCUGAAAAGGCGUUCGAUAGAGUAGAGCGGGAAUACCUUUUUUACUCUCUUAGGCAGUUUGGCUUUCCUGCAGACUUAAUCUCAUGGAUUAGAUUGUUAUAUGUUUUUCUGGUAGCUUCAGUGUGCACAAUGUUUACUCUGAGUAUUUCUCUUUACACCGAGGCACCAGGCAGGGAUGUCCUCUCUACCCCUUGUUAUUCACUAUAUCAAUUGAACCUUUAGUUGCUGCGCUCCGUCAAUCUUCUAACUUUAAAGGUAUUACACGACAUGGUACAGAGCAUAAAAUUUCAUUAUAUGCGGACGAUGUUUUGCUAUAUGUGUCAAGCCCAGCCUCCUCAAUACCACAAAUUAUUUCACUAUUACAGGAAUUUGGCAAUUUCUCUGGCUAUAAGCUUAAUAUGAGUAAAAGCAAGUAUUUUCUGAUUACUUUGACCUGUAGAGACUAUUCCUUUAUUCCCUUCAGAGUAGUACGUGAGGGUUUCAAAUACUUGGGUAUACAAGUUACCAGAUCAUUUAACAAAUUGUUAAAUUUUUGCCCACUUCUGGAUCGAUGUAAAAAAGACUUUGUGAAAUGGUCCUCUCUGCACCUAUCUUUAGCAGGUCGUACGAACCUAAUUAAAAUGUUUGUUUUGCCACGGUUUCUGUAUUUAUUUUCAAAUAUACCUAUUUUUAUUAGAAAUAUUUUUUUUUACUAAGCUGGAUAGUCUAAUUACUUAAUAAGACCCCUCGCAUUAGGAAAACGUUUUACAGAGAUUAAAAUGUCAAGGAGGGAUGACAUUACCCAACUUUUUAUUUUACUAUUGGGCAAGUAACAUUUAGCACUCAAAAAUGUUUUGAUGCUGUUCACUUUAUUUAAACAACUUAUUUUGAUUCAACACAAUUGUAUUAGGUUUCUGGUUGAAAUUUAAUUGCUUCAUGUUAAAUUGACUUGAAACGAUUACUUUUGACUUAACUUGUUUUCAUUUUAAAAUAACAUGUUUCAAUCAAGUAAACUCAACCAGGACUCAAUCCAACAGGACUUUCACUUCCUAUCAUGCUUUGCAAAGGGGCUGAUCUGGGCAAUAGAACCUGUCUGCGGACUGCAAGAGGGGCGUAACAGGAAGGGGGCGUAACUUGUUGCAGGGGGUGUAACUUGAAGUUGUCAAAAAUCACACAGAACCACAGACGUCGUCAAAACGUGAUGAUAUCGGCAAGACAAAUCGUCACCAUAUGAGGGAGUAUGACUGACUGACAACUCUCGAAUCAGAAUCGUACUACUUAUAAUUGUUUAUCUUACAUUAUUUGUCUUACCGUGGUCAGUACCACCAUAUGUCGGCGUGACGUAUUGCGAUCUUCAAGCAGGAGAUGGAUGAAAUAUUCUGAAUUGUGAUGCCGACUGUUUUCUCCAUAAUUUACACUGAAUUGAUUUAAGCUGAACAAUGACACUAUUGUCUUUGUAAUGCUGCUUUACAGGAGAAUUUAAUUCUAUUUGCAUCAUUCAAUAAUUUAAUCGUCACUUGACUGUAAAAUACAACAAAAUUAUGUAUUCAACCUGUCAUAUUCGACAAUAUAUAUGAAAAUCGAUUAAGAAAACUUUAAUUCCUUAAAGUUAAAGUAAUAACAUGCAAUAACAAUAAUAACAAUAAUAAAAUAAAUAACAAUAAUUUAACUAAGCUUAAAUGAACUGACAUUAAGCUACUUUUGAGCAAGUAUUAUGAAUUUAUUUGUCAACACGCAGAUGCACACACUCAUACACAUUGGGCACAGGUCUCUUUUUAAAAACAUUAAACAUAUCAACCCCAAAAUUUUAAAAAACAAUUUUCCAUUUCAACAAAUAUUUCAUAUUUGGUAACAAAAGUUACAGCAUUAGGUGUCACAAAUUACCAAUGAGCAAUCAUGUUUUACCUUUAAAAAAAACAAAAACAAAAAAACAAGGCACAGUGGUCACAUAAGCAAUGAUGGGGUCAGAGCAGGCACAAUGAGGUCUUCGAUGUCUUUGACUUGUUUUAAGCUUCACAGUUCAACCUUUUUAAAAAAAAAAAAAAAAAAAGGACUUUACAAUAAGGUUAAAAUGGUUAACAAUAGUUACAGCAUUAGGUGUCAUUCCUCUCAGAUUUCAUCAAAAAGUUGUUCUUACAGGUGUGGAACGACAUGAGUGUGAGUAAUUACUAAUUAAUGACAGAAUUUUCAUUUUUGGGGGAACUAACCCUUUAAUUGCAUUAACUGAUGUUAACAUAUACAUGUUAAAAUAUAUUAGUCUGUAUAUAAACAAACAUUAAACAAUAUAUGCUGUAAAAUUGACAGUUCAUGUUAACUAAUAAAUAAACUAAUGUUCAUAAAUGUCUCCUUAUUCUAAGGCAGAGAUGGGCAACUCUUUUCCUGGAGGGCUGAUGCAGAUUUUAGUCCAAACCUAAUCAAACAACAGCGAACAGAGUUGCCCAGCCCAGUUCUAAAAGUGUUACCAAAAACAUGCAACAGUAAAACAGUAGGCCCUAACAAUCAAUUGUACAAUGUUUACAAGUAGCUUAAAGUCCCCCUGUGGUGAAAAUCAAGCUUUUUUAAAAGAGCCUCAAACCCGCGGUUUGAAAUCUCUGGUGUUUCUGACGUCACAAACUACCUUGUAACCAAUUACGUCAACAUGCCAGUGAGCUUUAGCAUAUCAUUAACAGGGGAGUCUCAAGAGGAGUCUCUAUGUUUCUGUUAAUAUGAAAAAUCAGGUACAUUUAGUAAUAUAUUAGAUGAAUUAUGUAUUUGAUGUUAUGAUGAACUACAUGCCUUUCUCCACUGACGUUCUGAGUUAAAGCAUUUGUAAGGAUGCUGAUUGUUAGAAGGCAGCGGUCUGACUCUGAGAUGGCGUAAGGGAACAUGGUGUGUGUAACAUUAGCAACACAUUAUUGGCUGUUUGAUAGUGUAGUCAAGCAAAAUGCCAAUCAUAUUAAUUACCGUUAUGUGUCCGACUUUGUAAAAAGAUGAUAGUCUUAACCUCACCCUCAGACAGAUGUUCGCAGCUCCAUUAUUGCAGUAAACUUGUAAUUGUGAUUGUGAACAAGAAAAAUAUCAAGAUACACAUUCAAAGAAU